AUGGAUGGAGGCGAUCAGUUUCAAAGCAGUCAUAGGAAGGCGGCCGUGGAUUUUGUCCAUUCGAACAUCAUUUGUCGAUUUGGUAUCCCAAGAACUAUCAGCACAAAUAAUGUUGCAAACCUUAAUAGCAAUUUGAUGAAGGAGGUACGCGAGCUAUUCAAAAUUGUGCAUCACAAUUCUACUCCAUACCGUUCAAAAGCCAACGGAGCUUUGGAGGUAGCCAUCAAGAAUAUCAAAAAUAUUCUAAGAAGGAUGGUUCAAAACACCAGACAAUGGCAUGAGAAGUUUCCUUUCGCACUUUUAGGAUAUUGUACAACAAUAUGCACCUCGUUUGGUGAAACUCCUUAUUUUCUGGUUUAUGAGACUAAGGUUGUGAUUCCAGCGGAAGUCAAAAGUCCAUCUAUUCGAAUUAUUUUCAAAGCAAAAAUUGAAGAUACUGAAUGGGUCAAAACCCGACUAGAGAAGCCCACAUUAAUACAUGAGAAACGAUUCACGGCUGUCUGUUUUGGUCAUCUUUAUCAGCAAUGUUUUUGGUCAGCUUUAUCAGCAAAGGAUGACUCCUGCAUACAACAAAAAGGUGCACCCAAGAUACUUUGA